CUUUCUGUAUCUACUUCUGUUUUUUGGAAUUCAACAGACCGUAAAACGGAAAGAGGUCUUUGUUUUCUGUGUGAAGAUGCGGGUCCCAAUCUCUAUGAAGACUGAACACUGUCAGCGUGUAAUGUUGAUGGAUUGUGUUUGUGUUUGUGUAGCUGUACAAAAAACCGAAAUAAACUAAGUACUGUAGCUAUGGCUGAAUUUCCUGUCUUCCCCCCACCCCCCACGCAAGAAUGUUUCUGAUUUACUGCCCAUGCUCUGCCUUCAUUUCCUUCAUACACCGUACACACCAUGAACUCCAAUGCAGCCUACAGAUCGCAAAUUGAGAAGGGUGUUUUAAGUGUUUACUUUCUCUUGCUAUCAGGUUCCCUGGCUCUGAAGGCAAUAACACCGGUGAAUAUUGUUGUUGCUAAAGGAGGCGUCGCCACACUGAAAUGCAAUCUGCCACAAGAAAACAGCACUAGCAUCAUCACACAGAGUGAAUGGAACAGAUGCAACGAUAAACAAGUUUUAGUGUACCACCCUGAACACGGAGCUGCCAUCCCAUCCGAAUACACCGAUCGCAUCUCCGACGUUCGCAUGGACGGGUUUCGUAUAAAAGAAACAAGAGAAAACGACACUGGGGAAUACUGCUGUAUCUUCACUACUUUCCCAUCAGGAAAGUAUGAAGGCAAAAUUGUUUUAGAGUUGAAAGAUCCUCUCUCUCAUUCUACAAACUGGUUGAUCAUAUACGUCGUCAUUGGUGGAGCCUCUGCUGUGAUAGUGUUUGGAGCAGUUGGGUUAUUCAUAUUUCGAACUCGUAGACAGAGCAAAAGAAUCCGCAACCCGGUUCAUAUAUCUGUACAUACAGGAAACCCGGCUAAAAAAAACCUGGGCCAGGACGACAAAGACGGUGCUAGCCUUGAAGAGGAUACUGAUGACUAUUUCAGUGUCCUUACAGUACGGUCUGGAAGCAGCUACAAACCCACCACCUCUGCACCGUCAGCUGAUAGGAGGUUAAGAACUGAAAAUUCAGAGUAAGAAUAAAUGCUAAAAUGUGCAAUAGUAAUAUAGCAACAUAUCUCUAAAUAUUAUGGUAACAAAACAGUUUACACUAACUAUCCUGGUCCUUAAUUCAUUUUUUUUAAAUUAGUUUGUAGAAAAUGUGUUCAGAGAUUUAUUUUCAACAACAAAAAAUGUCUGAUAGAAACAGCAUAUAACUAUAUUAUGAUAGUAAAAAAUAAUAAAUGUAAUACAGAUUAGGUGUUUAGAAUAUUUGAGUAAAAAGCAAUUAAACCAUCAGAGAGGUACCUGUAUAUGGUUUUGUUUUCUCUUAUUGGUUUGUUGUUGUACUACUACUGCUGUACAUAUCCAGAUACAGAGUUAAUGACAUUUACUUUUUAUAGUGAAGUAAAGCUAUUAAAAAUAAUGAAAUAACAAAACUAAAGCAACUCAGCUACUGAAAGUGGCAAUGAAUGUCCCCCCCUCCAUUGUACUUUAUAAAUCUUCCUAUGUUAAAAGCACUCCAAACCACCAAACUACUCCACCUGUGUUGGAGCCCUUAUAUCAUUUCCUACGCGAGGUGCACAAGCAAAAAUGCAUCUUAGUCAUUGGUACACUGUUGUUUUGAUUUUGUACAUUUCCUCUCAUGAUGGGUGUUUGCAGUCAGGCAUGUUCAGUCAAUGCCAAACUCAAAAGGUCUGCACACACCAGAUCAAAUGCCAGGUCAGCCUACAACAAUGUGGUAGAGAAAACGGUGAAAUAGCAACAUUUGCAGGCCUAUUACGAACAGAACACCAGAUUUAACAAAGAUGAGUUUAAAGAGGGUCACGGGUUCUUAGUGAGGCACAUCUGAGAAUAAUGAAGGCAGGUAUUUAAGGUGAUCCGUGGGGUGGUUACAGGUGAAGAAAUUGCACUGCAGUGGAACCCGUGAGUUACACGAAUUACAAUUCUGAGUUACUGAUAAACGGUUUAGCCGUCUGAUAUUGAGAGAAGGCUUUAUACAAAAGAAAGCUCAGGUAGCACUGCUGGAGUUUUGUUUUGUUCAUGGUUUCUGUAAAUAAUAAAAAUACAGGUACUGUCCUGUUUAUACCGGG